UUUAUUAAGAAAGAAAAUCAAUACAAAAUCAGAUAAGAUUCUCUGUGCUUCUUCAAUUCUUCAAUGUUCUAUGUCAAAUCUUUAUUCAGGCUUAUGGGGAGUUCCCCAAUGCCAAUUGAUUCUGGGGUGGAAUCUCAACUUCCUUCAGAUCCGCCCGCUACGACCACUCAACCAGUCUCUUCUUCUCCUUUUUCCUCUUCUUUCGCAAAUGAUUCAUCAUGGAAAUAUGAAGUGUUUUUGAGUUUUAGAGGUGAGGAUACACGCUUCAAUUUUACAGAUCAUUUGUACAAGGCCUUGUGUGAUAAGGGCAUCUACACCUUCAUUGAUCGAGAGCUUGUAAGAGGAGAAGAAAUAUCGCCAGCCUUUGUCAAAGCAAUUGAAGAAUCAAGAAUUUCUCUCAUUGUAUUCUCUGAAGACUAUGCAUCUUCGAGGUGGUGCUUGGAUGAACUUGUCAAGAUCCUUCAAUGUAAACAAUCAAAGCAACAAGUAGUCUUGCCCAUUUUUUACAAGGUGGAUCCAUCUCAUGUGCGAAACCAAGAAAGUAAAUUUGGUGACGCAUUUGAAGAACUUAUUAAAAGGAAAUUCAAGAAUGACAAGGAGAAAGUGCUCAUAUGGAGGGAAGCUCUUAGACAAGCAGCAAAUUUGUCCGGACAUACUUUCAAGGAUGAAAAGUAUGAAGCUACAUUUAUCAACGACAUCGUUAAGGGAAUCGUUAAGGGAAUCUUAAGCGUCCCAUCUUGGCAUGUGGCUGCACACCCAGUUGGAAUUGAAUCUCAUGUAGAAGAUGUGGAAAGGCUUUUAGAUGUUGGUGGGAAUGGUCGUCGCAUGGUUGGGAUAUGGGGGACAUCUGGAAUAGGCAAGACAACAAUUGCAAAAGCUAUAUGGAAUGCAAUUGCCCAUGAGUUUGAAGGAAGUUGUUUCUUGCCAAAUGUCAGGGAAAAUUCAAUGCCACAUGGAGGCUUAAUCAAGCUACAGAAGACUCUUCUUCAUAAGUAUCUAGGCAACAAGUUGAAAAUUCAGAGUGUUGAUGAAGGAAUCGGUGUUAUAAAAGAACGGCUGAGGCAUAAAAAGAUUCUAUUAAUUCUUGACGAUGUGGACCACUUGGAGCAGUUAGAAAACUUGGCUGGAGAUGAUUGGUUUGGUGAGGGUAGUAGAGUAAUCAUUACUACAAAAAAUAGGGGAUUGCUAGAAAAUCAUGGGAUUGAGUUGAUAUACAAGGUGAAGAAGUUAGAUUACAACCAAGCUCUUGAGCUUUUCAGUUGGCAUGCAUUCGGAAGGAGUGAACCUCCAAAAGAUUAUUUGGAACUCGCACAACGUGUAAUAGCUUUUGCUGAUGGCCUUCCACUAGCUCUAACAAUUUUAGGUUCUCAUCUUCGUAAUAGAAGUAUUGGAAGUUGGCAAGUUAUAUUAGAUGGUUACAAAGGAGAACCUUAUACGCAUAUUGAAAGAAUACUUCAAAAAAGUUAUGAUGCCUUGGAUGAUGACGCAAAAGAAGUUUUUCUCGACAUUGCAUGUUUCUUCAAGGAUGCAAGUAAGGACGUUGUGCUACAAAUAGUCCCUAAAAAUUGCAUUGAAGUACUAGUUGAUAAGGCAAUGAUAACUGUUGAAUGGGAUAAUAGGAUUUUAAUGCACGACUUGCUAGAAAAACUGGGCAAGGAUAUAGUUCACAAAGAAUCCCCCAAUGAUCCCGGCGAGCGUAGUAGAUUGUGGUUUUACGAGGAUGUCAUACAAGUUCUAAUGGAAAGUACUGGAACAAGAAAGAUUAAAGGCAUCAUGGUGAAGCUUCCAAAACCAGCUGAGAUAACUUUGAAUCCAGAGUGCUUCCGUAAUAUGGUGAAUCUUCAAAUUUUCAUAAACCAUAAUGCAUCUCUAUGUGGGGACAUUAACUAUCUGCCCAACGCGUUAAGAUUUAUUGAUUGGCCUAGUUGUCAGUUACAAUCUUUGCCACCCAAAUUUCAAGGAUAUUGUCUUGUUGAGUUCAGAAUGCCACGCAGUCAUAUCAGACAAUUGGAGGGAUUUAAGUCUUGAGAGAUGCUUCAAUCUUACAAGGCUUGAAUUACGGCUGCUUCAUUGCUGGUCCACAUUACGACAUCUUAAUCUAUCUGGAGCCAAUUUUGUCACGCUUCCGGAAUGCAUUAGCAAAUUUGUGAGCUUGGGGGAUCUUACCUUGCGUGAUUGCAAGAGUCUUCGAGAAAUUCCACAAGAAGUACUUCCACCAAGAGUACGUUGCGUAUUCCUGGAUAACUGCACAUCAUUGGAAAAAUUUCCAAAACUGCCACUAUCAUCGGAGGUUGAGUAUGUGAAUUUGAUGAAUUGCGUUAGCCUACGUGGCUAUGACAUCACAGAAAAUAGUAUUCUGGAUCAGGUAUCUUCUCUUCCGCAUCCUCAAUUUGACAUUUAUCUUCCAGGCGAUGAAGUACCAAAGUGGUUCAGCUGUUGUAAAGAUGCAACACUAGUUAAAGACGAAUACUCUUCUGAUGAGGAAGAGGAAGACAAAUACUAUGCUCGAUGUGAAGUUUGUUUUGAAAUUCCUCCAAAUUUAGAUUGGGAGACGUUAAGAUUGGCUAUGUGUGUUGUCAAAAAGGGAAACGUAUGUGGGAAUGAAUGCUCCGCAGUGACAAGUGUUCAUAUCAAUGGAGAACGGGUCGGCCGGAUAUCUAUGUGGAUAGAGGACAGUAAUGUGAGUCUCAUCUGUAUUCCAUUAUUGGAUCUGAGGAACACAGCAAUACGUUGGGAGAAACUGACGCAAUUGCAAUACGUUGGGGGUAAUAAGUGUCAAAUUAUAUUUGAGUUCCCAUUCGCGGCCACACCCGUUAAAAUCCUCUGCGGGGUCCACCUAUUAGGCCACCAGGUUGCUGAUGUCAGCAUCAGAGACUGGUCUUGGCAAGAGGCCUAGGUUAUCAGACGUUGGUGAUCAUGAAGCUCAAAGAGGAGAGGCUGAUCACCCAAAGAGGAGGCACACUGAUCUUAACGAGGAGCCAAAGCAAUGAAGUUCCAAAGUGGUUUAUGUAAGCUCCAGGUUCAGCUGUUGAAACGAACAAAAUUUCCAGGCAAUGGUCUAGUAAUCAAGAAGUGUGUUGAGGCGCCAGCAGUUUCUGAGAUUUCAUUUUAAGUUGCAUAAGGCAAUACCUUUCUUCUCAAUUGAUGCAUCCAGCAUUUAUCUGCAGAUGAACAAAACAGCAAGCCGGAUUUAUCUAAUGCUUUCAUUCCACACGUAUACUUUGUCUAUGAUUCUUCUGUCUCAUUCAUUGGAAUUGAUGUACGUUGGGGAUGAAAUGUAACAGAUUUAUCUAUUUCAUAAUUUCCAAUCAAGGUUUGUUGAAAAUCAUACAUUAAUUGUAAACAGGCGUCCAAAUAUGCCCAAAAUACUUCUUUGAAAGAUUGUGUCUCAUUACAAAAGUAAUGUUGCUGGUAUUGGCAAGGUACAAGAAUCCUAGCAUGUCUAAAUCAUGUCUAGUUGCUGCAACUCACGUUCCUGGUAUAGUUGUUCAAGAUUUUUUGAUAAUCCUGCAAGGACAAGGAAUGAAAAGCUUGAUGAGCAGCAAUCUAGGAAUGAAAAGAUUUUUUGAUAAUCCUGCAACUCACGUUGCUGGCAUA